UCAUCACGCAUCGUUUCUAAACAAUGCUCAGGAAAAAGCCACGUUGACGAUACAGACUGAAGAGUAGUGGACAGUUUUGAGGCAGAAUAAAGCAGAGAUUUGCUUUGUUUGGACGGUUCGGUUCCUGCCGGCAGCAGACUGCACAUCAGAGCAGGCAUGUCGUCGCCCCCCAAGGAGAAGGUGGAAACGAAAGGCGGACAUCUCCCUGCAGUAAAAGCAGGGGGAAUGAGGAUAGUGCAGAAACAUCAGCCAACUCCUGCACCAGAGCCGCUUCCGAAAGAAGACGAGGAGGAGUACGUCAGCAGCAGCCCUCCGAAGGUCCCGGUGAUUGUUUCUGGAGUGGUCACAAAGGGCGAUAAAGACUUCACGCCCGCAGCCGCUCAGGUGGCCCACCAGAAGCCCCAGCCUGGUGUCCCCAAGCUGCCGCCCGCGCAGCACAUCAACCAGCACAUCCACCAGCCCCGCAAGUGAGUGGGACCAGCAGGCUCCAGCAGCUCUGCUUUUACUCCACCAGCCAGCCUUCCCAAUGGAACACGUAGGAUGAAGAUGGUUCCCAACCAGGGCACAGACCUCUGCUAAAUGAUCCCAGUAAUUUUUUCUUUUUUAAAAUUUGCUUCUUGCUUUACAUGUUCGAGAAAUGUUUCAGCAGCUGAUGCCACAUGUCAGUGCAAGUAUCGUAGAAGUCCUGCUCGUGCCGUGCUGCGUCGGUGCCGCACUACUGUUUCUGCACUUUCAUGACCUGACCUCUCCUUCGCAGGGAUUGUUCAAUAGCUCAUCAGUCUUAACUUGAAAUAUACUGAGCUUUUCUAGCAGCAGGGGAUGGGGGAAACAAAAAUGAUUGUGGGUUUAGCUCUCUUCGAGCUAAAGCAGCCAAUCACAACCGAGCAAACCCAACAACCUCAGCGGAGCCUCGGCUCCAGGAUUUCUUCCAGUAAACCAUAUACACCAAACAAAUUAAUGCAACACAUCAUGUUGUCACAUUUUAACUGCAGAACCAAACAGUGUAUCAAAGAUAAACAGAGAACGUCAAACUAAUUACUGUAUAAUAGACAGUAUUAACCUGUCAGAGCAUGUGCAAGCAAUUUAAGCGCAUUAUGUUUGUUCCUGUGUGCCAUUUUAAUGCAAGAAAUCAUAGAAAAUGGUUUAGUAGAUCACAAAAUUGAGCAAGAACUUAAAAUCAACAUUGAUGCUAUAUACUGCUUCUUUGUUGAAAACAAAAAAGACAAGAAAAAAAGCACAAUAUCUAUGAUGUCUUAGCAUUUGUAGCUUUUGGACCAUUACAAAGCCCAUUAGGUUUAUUCCCAUUUAAUUAUUUCUUACUAUUCGUAUAUAGGCGAGUUUCAAUGCCUCAUUCCAGUCCGUGUUAAAUAACGUCUAUUUAAUCCACGGUACAGCGGAAAUAAUGCCAAAAAAAAAGUCAAAAAACCUGAAGAAAACUUCAGCUUUUGGGAAACAACUGAAGGAUGCUUUGUGUUUGGUUUAAACAUCAAACAAGCCGUUUAUUGAGUACAGAGAUGAGCUAUCAAGUAAAGGUAAUAAUGCGCUAACAUUAGGAUAAUUACACAACAUUCCACGCAUCAGUUUGCUAAGAGAAUAACACAUUUGUUUGGGCUGCAGCAUAGAGAUUUAUUUGCAUAUCAGCAGCAGAAACCCCAUAAUUCAUAUUUAAAGAAAUAAAACCAGAUCACUGCUAUUUUUUUUUAAUUACUCAUUUUCUUACAAUUAGUCAGUUGAUGCAACACUAAGGUUUGGGUUUUCAGGAAAAAAAAAAGUAUCUUAUCAUGAAGAAAUCAUUAUCUGUGUCCAUGUAAUUAAGUUGAAAAGGUUUCAGUUUUGUUCUGUGCUUCUUUUUUUUCUUCUUUUUUUUUAAGUGAAUCACUUUAAAUGUCAAAAUCUUGAGUCAUUGAAGUGGACUUGGGUGUUAGGUGUGGUUGUCGUAGUAAAUAAAGGUUUGGAAUAUCUUGAA